AUGACAUCGACACGCGAAGAACGCUCUCUGCUCGAACGACUCGUCCCUUCACAGCUUUCCGACGAAAGUGAAGCGCAAGCAGAUCAACGCUGGGACGAAGCGAAUGAACUCGCACGGGACCUGAUCGACGCUGGACCGGACCCGAGUCUGGCGGAGGAUGUCAAUCACGCGGCGGAUCGGAUCAAGAGGCGGUUGCUGAGGGACACCAGUGAUCCGGAGCGGGCGGCGAGGUUUGGCGGGUUGUAUUCGCGGUUGUUGGCGCAGCCGGUGUUGGGGCAGAAGUGGGGGAUUUUGUGGUUCUUGGAGAGGGUGGCGGAGUAUGUGGAGGUUGGUGAGGGGGGAGGGGCUGUUGGAGGGAAAGGAGAGGAGCAUGGGGAGGAGGAUGAGGAGGGGGUGUUUGAUGAGGCGUUUGCGCGGAAUGGCUUGCCGAGGAUGCAGAGGGCGAAUGGGCUUGAAAAUCCGAAGCAAGCCCCGUUGAAGGACAGACCGAUUUCUGGACGACCGAGGGCACAGCAGACUCCUGAAGUUGAAACGGUGCCGGAGCAGACGUUUGAGAAGAAGGAGCCGUCUGAAGCGGCACUUUUACGUGACCUUCCUUUCACCCUGCAAGGACUCUCCUCCACGAACCUCUCGUUUUCGGACACGAGCUCACUCAAACUGCCAACCACAUUGCCUGUGCCACUUAUCGCCUUGUUACAUACUUUGGCUGAGCCGUCACUACUUUAUCGAUCGCUGUCCGACUUCGUGGAAUCCUCGGACGGCGGCUUGGUUGGACAGAGUCUUCGAUCAGCCAUUGGGCAGGAACUGCGCUCAUAUCUAGGCCUGGUUGCGACUCUCGAGGGCCAAAUCAGAAGAGCACUUGCGCAAUUGGACGACGGCCUACCACAAGGUGGCUUGGGCAAGGCGGGCGUGACGUUGAAAAGAUGUGUUGUGUGGACACGUGAGGCCACCUUGGGUCUACGACUAAUGAGUAUCAUUGUCGAGUCUGCCAAAGGCAAGAAAGGUGGCGAGCUGAUCAGUCUGAUACACAACCUCGCCACAUCACAUGGUGACAUGUUCGUCUACACAUUUGCGGAGCGACUAAUAGGCAACAUCACCCGGCCUUUCUACAAUAUGCUCCGAGCCUGGAUCUACGAUGGCGAGCUCGAAGAUCCUCAUACUGAGUUCUUCGUAUCGGAAAAUGCAGACUUCGAGGACUCUGGUGCGACAAGCGUAUGGGACAACAAGUAUCUGCUUAAAGAAGAAAUGAUUCCAAGUAUUGUCACUCCCGACUUUGCUCAACGCGUGUACUUGAUCGGCAAGUCGCUCAACUUCAUCCGCUACGGCUGCCAUGACGGCGCGUGGGUAGAGUCGUACAGCAAAGAUACUUCUCGCGAGCUGAAAUACGGCGACACUGCAAACUUGAGCCAAAGCAUUGAUGAAGCGUACAAGACAGUCAUGGCGCAGCUAAUCUGGCUCAUGGAGACUAAGUUCGCCCUAGCCGAGCACUUAUCUGCCCUGAAGAAAUACCUCCUCCUUGGCCAAGGUGACUUCAUCGCCCUCCUGAUGGAAAGUCUAGCCACCAACCUGGAUCGACCAGCAAAUUCGCAAUAUCGCCAUACACUCACCGCGCAACUCGAACACGCCAUUCGCAACUCUAACGCUCAAUUCGACAGCGCGGACGUACUGCGGCGUCUCGAUGCUCGAAUGCUGGAGCUCAGCCACGGAGAAAUAGGCUGGGACGUCUUCACACUCGAGUAUCGAAUUGACAGUCCGCUCGAUGUGAUCGUGACCCCCUGGGCUAGCAAACAGUAUCUAAAGAUCUUCAACUUCCUUUGGCGGGUCAAAAGGGUAGAAUUCGCCCUUUCGACAACCUGGCGACGGGUGCAGACUGGCGCACGAGGUGUUCUGAGCGCGGUAGGAGACAAAGUCGGCGUAGACUGGAAGACUGCUCGUCUCGGCUUAGCAAGAAUGGUGCAUUUCGUCAACCAAUUGCAAUAUUACAUCCUCUUCGAAGUCAUCGAGGCCUCAUGGAGUGGUCUGCAGAAGACGAUCAAGAAUCCUGCUUCUGGGACUCUCACACUCGAUACCUUAAUCGGCGCGCAUACAGCAUACCUCCGCUCCAUCACGCGGAAAGGUCUGUUGGGCGGCGCGGGCGGUGUGGACUUCACAGCGCAACUACACGAGCUACUGAAACUCAUGCUAGCAUAUAAGGAUGUCGUGGACGGGCUGUACAGUUUCAGCGUCGCAGAGUUCACGAAACGACAGGAGAUGGCAGCCAAGAUCGAGAAUCGGACAAGGGCUGGACGCUGGGGACUGACGGACGCCGACGACUUCACUUCAUCGCCCUCCUUCCCAUCGACUACAGGUCGCGGCACGCGCGCGGCGAAGACAGGAGAAAGUCUAACCGACUCCCCCAUCCCCGCUCUCCUACCUUACAACAGCGCUGGUAACGGUGCCGAAAGCGAGAAGACCAUCCUCGAAGGCCUGAGAUCGCGACUCGUAAGCUUAGAAGUCGACUUCAAGGCUCGAGUGAAUGUGCUCCUGGGCGAUCUUGCCUACCAGCCGGAUGUCGAUAUGAGGUUCUUGGGCGUGGUGAUGAACUUCAAUGGAGUGUAUAGUCCUGUCCGCAAGAGACGGCAGCAGCAGCAGCAUAGGGGUGAGAAGGACAAAACUGUGGUGCCUGGCACGAGCAGCAAGGCAGUAGCUGUUGAGGCGAAGGGAUGA